AUGAUGUCCCUGUUGGUUCUGGACGUGAUGACCAUUACUUGUGUUUUCACUUCUGCUCUACAAUUUGACAGUGCAAAGGUUUUUCGUGUGAAACCGCAAAAUGAAAAGGAAGUAAGUGUCAUGAAAUCCUUGUCAAGCCUCAUACAGCCUAUUGAUUUUUGGUACCCAGAUACGGCACUGCAUAUAGUCAAACAGAUGGAAGUAGAUUUCCAUGUCAGUGCUGCACAAAGUAAUACUGUUGAGAGUCUCCUGCAACAGAAUGGCAUACCUUAUGAAAUAUUAUUUGACAAUCUACAAAAAGACAUUGAAAAGCAGCUUGAUGGUGACAAGAACGAUGGACACAGCUAUGAACAAUAUAAUGAAUGGGACAAGAUUUCUGAUUGGACUGCCAGAAUUGCAAAAAACAACUCAACAUUGGUUUCCCGUAUCCAGAUUGGGAAGACAUUUGAAAAUCGACCCAUAUUCCUUCUUCAGAUUGGAAAGAAAAAUGAAGAGGGAAAGGCCAUCUUUAUGGAUUGUGGUGUUCACGCACGAGAGUGGAUUUCUCCUGCCUUUUGUCAGUGGUUUGUGAAAGAGGCCAUCAGCACCUAUGGAAAAGACCGGGACAUGACAUAUAUACUGGAUAACAUGAAUUUCUACAUCGUUCCUAUAGUCAAUGUAGAUGGCUAUGUCUGGAGCUGGACACAGGAUCGUUUCUGGAGAAAGAAUCGUUCUAAUGCAUCCCAGAGUAACUGCAUUGGCGUUGACAUCAAUAGGAACUUUGAUGUUGCCUGGAGCACUGCUGAUGCUUCCAGAAAUCCCUGUGAAGAAAUAUAUUGUGGAUCUGCACCAGAAUCUGAACCAGAAACUAAAGCAGUUGCUUCAUUCAUCCGUAGCCAUCUUUCUUCAAUCAAGGGCUACCUCACCAUGCAUUCCUACUCUCAGAUGAUAUUGUUCCCUUUUGGUUAUACCUAUGAGAAGACAGCAAAUUAUAAUGAAUUGAAUGAACUUGCAAAAAGAGCUGUCAAAGCUAUAGCCAGCCUAUAUGGUAAAGUGUAUAAGUAUGGAACAUCAGCAUCUACUAUCUAUCUUUCUUCUGGUUGUUCCGAUGACUGGGUAUUCAACCAGGGGAUCAAAUACUCCUUCACCUUUGAGCUUCGUGAUAAAGGCAAAUAUGGAUUCCUUCUCCCUGAAUCCCAGAUCAAGCCAACAUGCCAGGAAAUAAUGCUAGCAGUCAAGUUAAUCGCCAGUUACAUCCUCAACAAGGCUUUAUAA